AUGAGUGCUCAGACUCAGUCCCGUCCCCACCCAGUCGGUGCUCCAAACGGUAUCACCAACGGCGAUGUAUCGCUUCCCACUUUUGUCCAUCGAGUCGCUAAUAUUCCUGUAAUCGCCGACACUUGGACUGCAGUCUACUCCACUCUCCAAGCCAAUCCCUACUCAGCCGCUGUUUAUGGCAAAGCAGAAGGUGCGGUGCUCUACAUGUAUGAGCAAAGUAAACCACUUCAGGUCAAGCUGGCCGGCCCGAUCGAGCAGGUCGACGCCGUCGCCAACAAAGGUUUGGAUUUUGUUCAGGCAAAAGCUCCGAUUAUCUUCGAAGUCCGAACUGAAGAUUUAAUCUCGCGAGCCAGAGAACCCGCUAGCCAGGUCUUGGCCUAUGGUAAAACGUACCAGGAGGCUGCGACGGCUCGACUCGGACCAAUGGUCGAACAAUUCCACUCUCAACUAACCCGCUCUCAACAAACGCUGGCCAAUCUCCAGGAAAAGCUCCAAGCUGGCCUACAAAAUAUCCGAAAGGACCCCAAGGCCGUGCCUGAUCAGCUCAAGCAUCUCUCUGAGCAGGUGCUUGGCGAAUUGGAACGUUUGAGUAGCUUUGUGCUCGAAAAACGAAAGGAUCUGCCUCAAAACGCUCAACAAGUGAUCAACCCAUUGGUAGAGAAGUUUCAAAAAGGAUACGGCGACAUCAAGGAGGAGAUGGGCAAGGCGGACGUACCGCUUGUCCAACGAGCCACCAACGUCUUGCAUUACUCCAAAGAUCAGGCCUCUCCUGUAGUCCACGAAGCCGUCCAAGCAUUCAAGAAGAUCCUUGGAAACUGA